UUUCUUGUUUUGAACUGCCUCAGGCGACGUGACAGUCCCGGCGCACGUCACCCUACCUAAUCCUUUUGUAUCUUGCGAGUUGGGGGUUAGCGCUUGGUGUAAAACUGCAAGCCCAUUGUUCGGUUGGUCAUCUCCUCCAUGUUCCAUUCGCCUGCGAGGAUCGAAAGCAAAUCUGUCUCCUUUUUUAUACCACUGAUCGAGGGCUGAUCGAGUGGCAUCGGAAGAAGGUGCGAGCCGGGGCGGGUCGUCGCGGCAGUUGUUAACUGACAGGGGCGGAUCAGGUCAAGGCGAGGGCGCGCCGCCCGCGGCUGCGGACAUGGAGGGAGACGCGGCGAUCGAGGGUGGCCAGCUCGCCCCUCUUCUUGGAAGCAGAUGGGGCGGCUCGGGCUCGCCGGUGCCGGACGCGUCCCUGCUCCGCCGCCUCUACGCCGGCCACGCCCUCGCCAGAUGGGGCGCCAGGAUGUGGGAGUUCUUGGUUGGGCUCUAUAUGAUCCGCAUCUGGCCGGGCUCCCUCCUCUUCACGGCGAUUUACGGGGUCGUGGAGUCAUCCUCGGUCGCCGUAUUUGGACCAAUGGUUGGGACACUCGUCGACAAGCUCACAUACCUUCAGGUUCUGGGCCUAUGGCUGCUAGUCCAAAGCUUAUCCUUCGUCAUCGCCGGAGCCUCAGUGACCGCCCUGCUUGUCUACGACGACCUGAAAGCCACCAGCUUCCCGGUAUUCAUGGCGCUCGUCUUCCUUACCAACGUGUCAGGCGCCCUUGCAGCGCUCUCGACUCUCGCCGGCACCAUUCUGAUCGAGAGAGAAUGGGUGGUGGUGAUCUCGUGCGGGCACCCUCCGGCGGUGCUGACGGGGAUCAACUCGGUGGUCCGGCGGAUCGACCUGAGCUGCAAGCUGCUGGCCCCGGUGUUCUCCGGCCUGGUCUUCAGCUUCGUGUCCGCGCAGGCCUCCGCCGCGGCGCUGGCGCUGUGGAACGUCGCCUCGGUGGGGCUCGAGUACUGGCUCUUCGUCUCCGUGUACAACGGCGUGCCCGCCCUCGCCGCGGAGAACGGCCGGCGGAGGGCAGCGGACGUCGUGCUACUACCGUCGCCGGAGGAGAUCGCCGCGCCGCCGCCGGCCGAGAGGGCGGCGGAUUGGAGGACGCGGCUCUCGAUCAUACCGUGCUGGGAGUCGUGGGUGGUGUACGCGAGGCAGGACGUGGCCCUCCCCGGCGUCGCCCUCGCCUUCCUCUACUUCACCGUCCUGAGCUUUGGCACGCUGAUGACGGCGACGCUGGACUGGAAGGGCAUCCCUGCGUACGUGAUCAGUCUGGCGCGCGGCUUCAGCGCCGUCGUCGGCAUCGGCGCGACGCUGCUGUACCCGGCCGUGCACUCGUGGGUGUCCACCCUCCGAACAGGUCUAUGGUCCAUCUGGAUGCAGUGGUGCUGCCUGCUGGUGUGCGUGGCCUCAAUCUGGGCGAGCAGCAGCGUGGCGUCGGCGUGGAUGCUGAUGGCCGGCGUCGCGGCGUCGCGCCUGGGUCUCUGGAUGUUCGACCUCGCCGUCAUGCAGCUGAUGCAGGACGGCGUGCCGGAGCACGAGCGGUGCGUGGUGGGAGGCGUGCAGAACUCGCUGCAGUCCGUGUUCGACCUCCUCACCUACAUCAUGGGCAUCAUCAUCUCCGACCCCAGGGAUUUCAGCGAGCUGAUCGUGCUGUCGUUCUUCCUGGUGACCUGCGCGGCGGCCAUGUACACGCUGCACGUCCACCGCGUGCGCAAGCACCUCUUCCACUUCGACAAGGUCCUCGCCAAGAUCAGCUGGAUCAAACUUUCCUGAACUGAUUCCGGACGGUUGAUCAGGACGCGGUGGGCAAAGAAUCUGCCCUGCUUCUGGCUACUGCAAAUUGCUGAUCUGAGACCGGGUUUGAAGCAACCAGAACAGAGUUACUGGAGGGUGUUGUAAACUGACAGUUGUGAUGUCCACAUGUGCAGUGUGUACAAAGUUGUACGUGUGGCUACCGCGUCGCAAGAUUUGGGGAGUGGGGCCUGUACUCUGCUGGGAACAAGUUUGUUAGAUGCAGAAUAUAUAGAUAAGUGAUGGUUUCCUGAAUCAACAUGAAUCUGAGCUCAUGGCGAGAUUUAUUAGGGUUGCAAA